AUGGCAUGGUACUGCUCUGGCUCAACAAACAUGGAAUUGAUCGAGAAUCUCUCCAAAACGGGGCUGAUAAAGAAUGAAAGAGUCAAGGAUGCGAUGAUUCGGUCCAUAGCAUGCAAAUCUGCAGUAGCCAGGCAACUCUGCAGCAGAGCCACUGCCUCUGGAGAAGCGGCAUACUGGUACUCAUCUUCUGACAUCGCGCACAAGGUUGACCGGGCUCACUAUGCGCCCUCAAGACCCUAUUCGGACUCACCACAACCCAUAGGCCACGGGGCCACAAUAUCUGCACCGCACAUGCAUGGCCACGCAUGUGAGUAUCUUAUUGACUUUAUCAAACCAGGGUCACGCGUCCUGGACAUUGGAUCUGGGUCCGGAUAUCUGACACACGUCAUGGCCAAUCUUGCUCUGGAUCCCUCGUAUCCUGAGGCGCCUAAAGGAUGUGUAAUUGGUGUUGACCACAUACCGGAGUUGGUCGAUUUGGCCUACAACAAUAUGCGCAAGUCUGAACAAGGUCGAAAUUUCCUUGACACCGGGGUGGUGAAGUUUGUUACUGCUGAUGGUCGUCUGGGAUGGAAGGAAAAUGCUCCAUAUGAUGCAAUUCACGUUGGCGCAGCGGCGGAAACCCUCCAUCCUGUACUGGUCGAGCAGCUUCGUGCCCCAGGACGGAUGUUUAUACCCGUGGAUGCGGAGAAUGACGGGGGCAUAAUAAAAAACAUUGGAUUUGGUGGGAGACAAUACAUCUGGGUAGUAGACAAAAAAGAAGAUGGAUCGGUCCACAGAGAGAAGGUGUUCCCCGUUAGCUAUGUGCCAUUGACUGAUCGGCCACGAUAG